CAUUUUUAAUCGAAAAUUUUGAUUGUAAUUUAAAAGGUGUUGUGUGCCCCCUAAAAACCGGCACAGUUAUAUCGAAAUUGUCUUUUCCUCUUAUUUUGGUCGAUGAAAUGAAUUCAAAGCCAACAUUGUAUCAUGAAAACUUCGAAAUAAUAUUUCGUAAUAAAAACAAUUGUCAAGAAAUGUCAGGAUGCAGAAUAAGGUAUGAUUUCGACGGCAAGCAAAUAGGUGAAACAAAACUUUAUGAACUGAAGAAUUCCUGGAAUGUCUUAACUUUACCAGUAAAUGAUCAGUCGCCAGACGAGGGACAUCAUACUUUAGGCUUUAAUUUUACCAAUAAUAAUGGUGAAAAAUAUUCGACUCUAUUUUGGACGGUGGUGUAUGUCAAUCCAUCAGGUCAAGAAAUUCAACAAAUGAUUGUGCAGACCAAACAUUACCCAACCUACAGAACUGCGCACUCGAAUUCACACAAGCGGUAUGGCGUUUGUCGCAUUGAGGGUGUUAAUGAUACAAUGAACGAAGUUUAUUGCACCCAAUUCAACGUGACAGGAAAAUACAAAAAAGAUCCAUACAAUCUUCAAAUUAGAGACAACGAAUGCAAAGGAUUCAGGAUGCAGCGUAUAACCAGUGAUGGACGAACUUUGAAAGAACUAAAGAUAAAGAAUUUCCAAUCGAAAGGUACCCGUUUUGGAUUUGAAGAUUAACUUUUUUUUUCAAAGCUUCGUAUAAAAAAUAAGGACGAACAUUUUGAGGAAGUACUUUUGAAUGGCAAUAACGGUCGAGUUAUACUUAUAUAGAAGUAUCAACGAACAUGGAUACCUAACGAUAGAACUACACCUUGACGCAGUUAUAAACAUCAUUUAAUUAAAUGUAAAAUUAUUCGGUCCAAGAUAAUCACACAGGAGUAUCAACUGACUAGUAUUAAACGAACAUUCAAAUGCAAAUUAGAUGAAAAUGUU